GGAACAGCGAGCGAGAGGCAGGCUGGCUGCUGACCCCGGGCUCCUGGUGGCUUAGCGCCCUCCCCCAGCCUGCAAGUCGGCCCCAGCGGGACCCUCCGGCUACUUUCUCCCCAUCGCCCCCUGUGUGCCAGCGGUAGGAGUGAAAUGCCAUGCAGCAACGAGAUGAGCAAACCGCGGGAUGAUUGAACUUGGAUGAAUCACAAACGCUGGAAUACGCCUGGAGGGAGAAACAUACUCUCAUCUACCAUUUGGCUACCCAGUGGCACAAUUCACAUGGAAAGACAAGAUCAAUGCUUGAUAUCUUUCCUUCCCUGGUUUUCAAAGUCAUUGCUGAGCUCCUUAACAUCCUCCAAAGGAAGAGAUCACUUUCAGGUGGGAGCCUCAGCCCCCCCCCCCCAACGGGGAAGGAAGAUGAGCACCCUCAGCUUACAGCUGAAAAGGAAGAGGCACAGAGAUGCCACAGAUCGGUAAGUGGUGGACCCUGGCCUAGACACCCACAGGCUUCUUCUAAAGGGGCAUUCUUAUUGGCCGAGGGACUAAAGACUUGUUUCUUUUUUUUUUUUUUUAAAGAUUUUUUUUUAUUUUUAUGUAUUUGACAGAGAUAGAGACAGCCAGCGAGAGAGGGAACACGAGCAGGGGGAGUGGGAGAGGAAGAAGCAGGCUCAUAGCAGAGGAGCCCGAUGUGGGGCUCGAUCCCAUAACGCCGGAUCACGCCCUGAGCUGAAGGCAGACGCUCAACCACUGUGCCACCCAGGCGCCCCUAAAGACUUGUUUCUGAUAGGCUGAGGUUUCAACUGGCCACUGACCCCCAACUCAGAUAGCAGCUUCCCCUCUACCCUGUUGCAAAACCCUGUUACAUCCCUUCACUGAUAUUUCCUGGAUAUCUAGUAUGUGCAAGAUCUUUUGGCCCUGGGGAGGCUGUGGAGAGCCAAAGGCCAGCUGUGAAUCCUUCCAUCUGUCUGCCCGUUUCCCCAGAUCAGCCAGCCAUCCACCCACCGAACCAGGAAUGGUAUCUCUGUUUCACAUCCAGGGGUGGGGCUGACCCUGUCUGGACCCAUCUGGAGCAGACAAACUGGCCAAGGACAACAUCCUAGCGGGAUGUCUCCCCAUCUCCGGCUCUGUGCCUUUCCCUCUCUGUCGCUCUCCACGCCUGCACGUCUCGGUCUCCGGUUCUCUCCAUCUCUGGGGGCUCAGCCUUGGUCCCCGCCCAGGGGCUGGCCAGCCCAGGGGCGGGCCGGGGGCGGGCCUCGCGGCUCGGCCGGGCGGGGUUAAAGGGCCAGACCACGGGACGGCGCGGUCAGAGCCGAGGUGGCCGUGCGGGCGGAUCUGGACCGAGGGCCAGAGGCGGAGACCCACGAGGAUGCUGCCCGUCACAGAACACCUGCUGCAUCUCCUGGGUGUGGAGAAGACCACCUUCCGCCUGUACGCCGUGUCUGUGCUUCUCCUCUCCCUGCUCUUCGUCCUCUUCCGCCUGCUGAUGCAGUUCCUGAGGCUCUGCUGGAGCUUCCACGUCACCUGCCGCCGCCUGAGCUGCUUCCCCCAGCCACCCCGGCGCAACUGGCUGCUGGGCCACCUAGGCAUGUAUCUUCCAAAUGAGAGGGGCCUGCAAGAUGAGAAGAAGGUGCUGGACAACAUGCACCAUGUGAUUCUGGUGUGGAUUGGACCUGUCCUGCCGCUGUUGGUUCUGGUUCACCCUGACUACAUUAAGCCCCUAGUGGGUGCAUCGGCUGCCAUCGCCCCCAAGGAUGACCUUUUCUAUGGUUUCCUGAAACCUUGGUUGGGUGAUGGACUGCUGCUGAGCAAAGGUGAUAAAUGGAGCCGGCAUCGCCGCCUGCUGACACCUGCCUUCCACUUCGACAUCCUGAAGCCCUACAUGAAGAUCUUCAACCAGUGCACUGACAUCAUGCACAGUAAAUGGCGGCGCCUGGCACAGGGCUCAGUGGUCUCCCUUGAUAUGUUUGAACAUGUCAGCCUCAUGACCCUGGACAGUCUUCAGAAAUGUGUCUUCAGCUACAACAGCAACUGCCAGGAGAAGAUGAGCGAUUACAUCUCGGCCAUCAUUGAGCUGAGUGCCCUGGUGGUCCGGCGUCAGUAUCGCCUGCAUCACCACAUAGACUUCAUCUACCACCUCACGGCGGACGGGCGGCGUUUCCGGCAGGCUUGUGACACCGUGCACCGCUUCACCACAGAGGUCAUCCAGGAGCGGCGACAGGCACUCCGCCAGCAGGGGGCUGAGGCCUGGCUGAAGGGCAAGCAGGGCAAGACCUUGGAUUUCAUCGAUGUGCUGCUUCUGGCACGGGAUGAAGAUGGGAAGGAACUGUCUGAUGAGGACAUCCGAGCUGAGGCAGACACCUUUAUGUUUGAAGGUCACGACACAACGUCCAGUGGGCUGUCGUGGGUGCUCUUCAACUUGGCCAAGUAUCCAGAGUACCAGGAGAAGUGCCGGGAAGAGAUCCAGGAAGUCAUGAAAGGCCGGGAGCUGGAGAAGCUGGAGUGGGAUGACCUGACUCAGCUGCCCUUCACCACCAUGUGCAUCAAGGAGAGCCUACGCCAGUUCCCGCCAGUGACCUUGGUCUCCCGCCGCUGCACAGAGGACAUCAAGCUCCCAGAUGGGCGCAUCAUCCCCAAAGGAAUUAUCUGCUUGGUCAGCAUCUAUGGGACCCACCACAACCCCACUGUGUGGCCUGAUUCCAAGGUGUACAACCCCUAUCGCUUUGACCCAGACAACCCACAGCAGCGCUCCCCACUGGCCUACGUGCCUUUCUCUGCAGGACCCAGGAACUGCAUCGGACAGAGCUUUGCUAUGGCCGAGAUGCGCGUGGCCGUGGCGCUGACGCUGCUGCGCUUCCGCCUGAGCGUGGACCGAACGCGCAAGGUGCGGCGGAAGCCCGAGCUCAUCCUGCGCACGGAGAAUGGCAUCUGGCUCAACGUGGAGCCGCUGCCUCCACGGGCCUGAGCGCCCGCGCCUCCCUGCGGUUCCCGGGGGCCCAAGCCCCGCCCAGAGAGGCCCUGGCCCCGCCCCCAAGAUACUGAGGGCAGAAACCACGCCCCUCGAAGUUCAGGUUCGGCUACUAGAGGACCAGGCUCCUCCAGGGAGCAGCCUGACAGUACAAGCCACGCCCCUCACCACAAGGCUCCGCCUCCUGGCGGUGUGGUCCCGCCCCUUGAGGUCCAGGUCCCAUCGCCUGAGGGCGUGGUCCGGCUCUCCUGCUUGAGGGAAGAGGCUUGGCCAUGUCCCCUUGGGCCCAGACCCCUGCCAGGAUCCAGAGCAUUUCGGGGCCUCAGGCCCCACCCACCCAGCCAUCCGAGGACUUAAGACUCAACACCUAAGGCCUGUGGGAUUCAGGACCAGUCCCCCUCAUGGAUCCCUGCUGUCUUCUAAGUUGAGGACUUGGGAGCUGGAGCCCGAAGUUAGAGCCUUGAACCCGGACAUCACCUUGAGGCUCCCAGCUCAUUUGGGCGAACUCCUCUGGCAUCAGGCUGCAUCCCAGGGUCCAGGAGGUGUGCUUCUGCUGUUGUGUUGUAAAUCUAGACCCUCCCUCACAAGCCCCUUCCUUCCUCCCUUGCUGAAAGGCCCUUCGCUGAGUGUUCUGAUUUUUGUGGAAUAAAAGCCAGGGACGCAGAUGUCCCCACCGUCCACCCCUA